CUGUCUGUUGUUCUUCCCACUCUCCAACUCUCGAGCUCUCAGUUCUUCAUAAACACAGCUGCGUUUUCUUUGCGGGUGAGUAAUGCAUGCAUGUGGUAGCGGGGAACUAGUCAACCCCUUAACUCACAUAUCGUUAACGCGUAUAAGCCGACCAAAAGCGGCCACAAAUUAUAAAAACAAGCCCAAUUGAAGCCCAGCCGUUGCUUGACCUAAACCUAAAUCACAGAGAGGCGCUGAGAUGGGGCGGGGGCGGAAGGUGAAGAUGGGGCGGCGACAGACGCUGAAGAUAGGGCGGCGCCAGAAACGGCGUUGGCGGAAGGUGGAGAAGGGGCGGAGGAUUAAGAAUGGACCGAAAGAUAUUCAGGAGAGGCACGAUCUUCUAAUGGCCAAAUACAUUGAAACACGGAGUAAAUCGGAGGGUUUCGAUGUUAGUCCAGCACCGUUCUCGCUUAACCCACUGACAGCACACCACUGUGGUCAUGGUUAUUGUGAUAGUUGUUGUGAGUUUGCCCUCCUUUAUGCGAGGAUGGGCCUUCAUCGUUACAGCUUACUCCAGGGGAAAAAAUUGCAGCUCAGUAGCAUAAAGAAAUACAACAAAACCGCUUGUACUCAUAUUGACUCUUACUACAUCACUUUGGAAGCCGAGGAUCCAGUCAUCCCUGGUUCUCUCCUGACUUUUCAGACCAAAGUUAGUGAAAGAAGAUACCGCAAAUUCGAUCUCAAGUGCACUGUUGCUAGACUUCUAGGUGAAAAAACCAAGGAGACCAUCGAGGCCAAGAAAAGUAGCCUUCCCAACGUGCCUGAGUUGCCUCAAGAGGACCCUUUUGUUGAAGAUGGCACCAACCGAUUUUACAAUUGCCACUAUUACUUACUGAUUUUUAAAUUUCAGCUCAAGGAUUCAGAGCUUGAAGACAAUGACUGGAUCCGUUUGUACUUGGAACUUGCCGUUGCUACAACCAAUAGGAAAUAUGGUCGUCACCAUGAAAGUCUGGCCGUUUUGAAGAUUCUGGAAGUUGCUAUUGAAAGUACCCAGGGACUUGGAGACUAUGAUGCAGUUUUCUACAUAAGGUACGACGACUCUUGUGAGGCUCGAGUUGGUAAGGAUAUCCAUCGCGUUGCUAUUGUCAGAAGGUUCUUUGAUAAGCAGUCCGAAGUCUUGUAUCUCCUUGGUCAUAAUCAGAGCAUAAACAAAACUGCUGCCAUCGAAGCUGGCUCGUCCUCUGCACAAGACUAGAUCCACUUAGCGUAUAUAUGUGGAUCAGAAUAAUAAACUCCAUCGGUGGAAUGCUUUUUAUGCCAACUUUUGUGUGUGUGUGUGUGUUUUGACUUAAAUGUGUUGUUAUACAUUAAUAAUAUUUCGUUGGUCAGACUAAUUUAUUUUACUGUUAAGUACAUUGCUUUUUUAAUUUA